AACCUGUCAAAAGCUGUCGGUACUCGCGGUAAUCAGUAGUUCCGGCGCUCUAGCAUCGUACGGAGCUAACCAGCGAAUCUCGGUUGUUCCUAGUGCUGCUCAUUACACAUUCCAAACAGUAUUCGGAUAUUUGCAGUAUUAUUUUCUUUAAACUAAACGGACCUAAAUCAGAUGUACCCCAUUAGGAAUUAAAACACUCAAUAAUCGGGAGAGAACAAAAUGUGGCUAAAAAGUAUAAUUUUGGCACUAUUGACGUUUAAAUGCUUGGCGUCACCUUUCGAUUGGUUCAGUCCCAAAGAUUUAAGUUUGAUCAUUCUGCAUAAUAAUGAUAUGCACGGAAGAUUUGAGCAGACAUCCAGAAAUGGAGGAACGUGUCAAACACACAAGGCACACCAAUGUGUGGGCGGAUUUGCCAGAACAGCUGAAGUAAUUAGAAAAUUCAGAAGAGCCGCUGAUGCAGGUGAAUCCCCGCCUGUAUUAUUUUUAAAUGCUGGAGACACUUUUAUUGGAACGUCUUGGUUCAGUCUGUUUACAACGAAUAUAUCGGCUGCUUUUAUGAAUACCCUCAAACCAGAUGCCGUGGUAAGAAAAAAACGAUUAUUGGAAUUAUUAAAACUAAAAAUAUACAUAAAAAUUUCGUUUGUAAAACGAAAGUUUUUCCAAUAA